AUGACUUGUUCCGAAGAGAAGAAAGUGCUGCUAGGCACACAUAUGCUUGAGGAAGAAGCGGAGGAUUGGUGGAAUAACACUUCACAGAGGUUUGUGGAGGAAGAGGUUGUGGUUACUUGGGUGGUGUUCAAGGAGGCUUUCCUUGAGAAGUACUUCCCAGAGGAUGAAAGAGGUAAAAAGGAAAUUGAAUUCCUUGAGCUGAAACAAGAGAAUUCAUCUGUUGCUGUUUAUGCUUCAAGGUUUGAACAACUUGUGAAGUAUUGUCCGAAUUAUAAUACAACAGAUUUGAGGGCUCGUUCAGAUUUUUAUCGGAAUAAGAACGAUAAGAAAGGUAAGGGUCAGUUCAGGGGUAAGCCUUAUGAAACUCCUGCUGACAAAGGGAAGCAGAAAGCGGGUUAUGGCAAUAAACCAAGAGGGGGAGGAAAUCAGUCUUCUCCAAGGUGUUUCAAUUGUGGUGAAGUUGGUCAUCGCAGUUUCGAAUGCAAGAAAGAGAAGGCUAAGUGUCUUAAGUGUGGGAAGGAAGGCCAUACGGCUUCGAAUUGUAAGCAGAAGCAAGUGACGUGCUAUAAUUGUGGUGAGGUCGGCCACUAUAGUAUGAGUUGCCCUAAGCCGAAACAAGCUCCAGCAGGUGGCAAAGUGUUCGCUUUAGCAGGCGGAGAUAUGGUUAUCGACACUCCAUCUUCGGAUUCGAUAACUACUUCAUUAGUUUGUUUGAGUUGUCCUUUGACCAUUUAUGGUAGGGAGUUCGUGAUGGAUUUGAUUUGUCUACCGAUGAAAGACGUGGAUGUGAUUUUGGGGAUGAAUUGGUUGGUAUACAAUCGUGUCAACAUUGAUUGUUAUCACAAAUUGGUAAGGUUUCCUUUUCUUGAUGGAGAUGGAGAAUCUUAUGUCUUAUCUACCAAAGAGUUGAAAAGACUUUUGGCGGAUGAAGCACAUUUGUUUGGAUUGUUUGCUUCGUUGACUGUGGAGGAUCGAGCUGCAGUCGAGGAUUUUUCGGUUGUGUGUGAAUUUCCGGAAGUGUUUCCUGAAGACUUUUAUGAUGUACCGCCAAAGAGAGAGGUGGAAUUUUCCAUAGAUCUAGUUCCUGGUACUAAGCCUGUUUCUAUGCCCCCUUAUAGAAUAUCGGCGUCAGAGUUGGUCGAAUUGAAGAAAUAA